AUGGCUCGGUCUGGGAUCGAGACAAGACUGGGUCAUCGUCCACCGCGCAGUGGAGGAUGGAUAUGUGUUGGUCACAAACAACGCAGCGGACUUUAG